AUGAAAAGUCGCUAUUCUUUAUCCCAUCAACCCAGUGUAUCCAAUAUUAAUCAGAAUGUCAAUUCAAUCUUAGGAAUAUCUUCUUAAUAUGAUUUUGAAAAAGGAGUCUUGAUUAAUGUACCCAUACAAUUCCCUGAAAUCAAGAAAAACCCUUCUCAAAAACAUCCUAAGUAAAUAAAGCAUCAAGAUAAACUUGAUAAAUUUUUUGUCGUUUCAGCUAAGCAUCCUGCCAAAUCAAAGGAUAGUUCUCGUCAAAAGAAACCUUUACCCUAUUAAUUGAUUAAAGUACAACCACCACCAUUAGGAUAUUAUAAUUGUAAUGAAAGUUAUAUAAACUAAAAAUCCAUUGUUGAUAUGAGCAAACAAUCCUCAUUUAGAAUGCAAUUAAAGAAAAUGAAGAGUAAUAGUGUCGAAUAAGUUGAACCAUUAUCUUCAAAAGUAAAAUAAGAAUUAUAAAAUUAAAAUCAAACUAAAAGGUCUCCUCCUAAAAUAGCAAAAUUAUCAAACUUAAAAUUACAACAAUGGAUUCAAAGAGAACUAGAACAAUAUAAAGAAAGCAAAAAAUUUGAAUAAACCACCUAUAAAGGAUCUAUGUCAGAUGAAAAAAUAAAAAGUGAUAACUUUUAAAGAUUAUUUGAAUUAACUUCUUUAAGAUCUAAGAACUCCUAUGCUAAAUUUUUCUUUUGA